AUGGAGGUGCACUUCGACCUCCUCCAAGGUACUUUUACCAAAGGCGCCUUCUUUUAUUUCAACAAGGAGGACUGGCGUCUCGGUGAUCUGCUGGUUUCCAAGCUCCACGAGAACCCACUGGUUGGCUUCGCGGCCUACGGGCUUGUGAACCCUCACGAUACUAGCUUUGAGCUUCUCGUGAGAGUGAUCAGUAUUGCCGAUGCUAUACCCGGCUACCACGCCCGUGAAGCUGUAGCUGGCGCUUUUUUCCAGGUCUUCAAUGACAUCAAGUGUCUGCGUGACCGCCUGGACAAGGAGUUGAACCUUCUAAAGCUGCGUCGCGAAGGCGGAGUGGCUGGUGGAGACGAAAACAAGCCAGUCACUCGUGAAUACAGAGACAAUGAGAACAAGAUGCCGAACCUGCUGGAUGGUAACGCCCCUACUUCCGAUCAUGGUUGCGUCAACGUCAACUAA